UGGACGGAAUGGAUUUCUCACAUACAUUGAGGUGGGCCCCAACCAUCAUACUUGCGCAGGAAAUCCACGUCCGCUUCGUUGGUAGAUGAGUUACCCGCGGCCACAAUACCCUUGUUCAUUUGCAACAAAGAGAGAGCGAGAGAGAGGAAAUGGCGACGGUCAAGGCCAUUUGAGAGAGCAAAUGGCGGCCAUAAAGGCCAUUUGAGAGAGCAAAUGGCGGCGAAGCCUGUCAUUAUAGCUAGGCAUAUCUUCGAUAGCCGUGGAAAUCGAAACAUUGAGGUGGAUGUUUGUCUGAGUGAUGGAACCCUAGCUAGGGCUGUUGUCACGAGUGGCGCCUUGACAGGUCUCCUCGGAGAUAUUUUCUCCCUAAUUCACAAGAUCUUGGAGACCAGGGUAUCAGUUGUUAUUGCUGGUGAAUGCUUGAGACUUCUGGUUUUCCUGAACACAAUGUCACACGCAAGUGAAUGUCAGGAAGAUGUUAUGGGCGUGCUUGGAUAUCAUCUGAGAUUAAAGCUACUCAGGGCAAGAAUGCAACUCAGGUGAAAUCCACAUGUUCAUCUCCAUUUCCAAUCAUCAAGAUACCAUUGCAGAUGGACAAAGAUCCUCAAGACAAUGUUUUAGAACCGGUGACAACUCAUCCCAACACUAGUAGCAUGGAAAAAGGUGGAGGAGGAGAAGAAGAUGAUGAUGAUUAGGAUGCAUAUCAGUCUUUUCCUGCUGAUAACACUUGUAUUGCUACUCAUCUAGAAGUAGUCAGAACGGAAGUUGUGCUUGCUUCAAAUGACGAUUCUCCCAUCUUGCAGAAACCAACCACCAAAGCAAACAUGACUUUGAGGAGAGUUCGGAUUUUGAACUGCACGAGGAUGGUGGACAGGAGAAUGAUGCGCGAAAUCCAAAGGGUUGUGGAGAGAAUGUAUUCACAACACAAGGCAAUGGAAAUGAUCUCCAAGAGUUCUUUAGUCCACAACCUCUCAAAAAUGCCGAAUUGCCAAACAACAUCAACCCUGUUUGUGGGAAUGAGGGUCCAGUGAUCAGAACCAAUGGUGAUGGAAAUGACGAAGACCUCUCCGAUCUUCAAUCGGUUGAGGAUGUUGCAGAAUUGAGUUCUUACCAUUAUUUGCCAGUGGGUGAACAGAUUGAUGAGAAGCUGAGGUGAUGGAAUUGAUCUCCAGGAAUCCUGGAAUUCAGUGGAUUGAGGAUGCUGAAGAGUUGAACAAGGAAAGGCAUUUAGAGAGCGGCAGCGAGAGGAUGAUGGGGACACAAGAUGAUGAGAAUAGUAAAUCAAGAGAUUUCUAAUCCACGGCCAGCUGAAGGUGUGGAAGAUACAAG